AUGAUCGAGGCAGGGGGUUUCGUCUCUUGCGAUCUGCAUUCGUGCUUCCGGAGCCUCGUCGUCGCCGACGAGAAGGGGAGGACGGAGAGGUGGAAAGCGGCGGUGAUCGGAUGGAAGGACCUCCCCAUGGAGCUUCUGCUGAGGAUCGUUUCUCUCACAGACGACCGGACGACCCUCGUGGCCUCCGGCGUCUGCACGGGUUGGCGUGGAGCCGUAUGCGCUGGGUUAACCCAUCUUUCCCUUUCAUGGUGAUUCCUUGCUUUCUGCGCCGUCGCCUCUAUUUCCCCGCCCUCUUCCCAGUUUCUUAGAUUGACUUCCUGUCAGACGGUAUUACGGCGCUCUGCCGAAUAUCAGAUCAUUUGGUUCCCUUAUUCUUCAGAUUCUGUCGAACUGAUCUGGGAUGAGCGACUUGAAAUGAUAUGACCUGAUAUGAUAUUCCUGCAGGUGCAAGAAGAAUAUGAGCCACCUUCUUCAAUCUCUCGCCCCAAAGUUCACGAAGUUGCAGGUUCUGAUCCUGCGGCAAAGCGGGCCUCAGCUCGAAGACGCGGCCGUGGAAGCCGUCGCGAGCUUCUGUCAUGACCUGCUCGAGCUGGACCUCAGCAACAGCCUCAAGCUUCGAGAUGAAUCGCUGUAUGCCCUCGCGAACGGCUGCCCUCGUCUCGCUCGAUUAAACAUCAGCGGGUGCUCGGCCUUCAGCGACGCCGCGCUCUCUUACCUCACUAGUCGAUGCAGAAGCUUGCAGAGCUUGAAUCUCUGCGGAUGCGUAAAGGCCGCCUCCGACAAGGCCUUGCAGGUAGAUGAAGAUAUAUGCAUCAGAAACCCUAAACACAAAUAAACCCUGACCAGCCGGACACAUCAGGGGGAAGACCAUCAGAACAUCGAAAGCCCUACAUACAGUUUGAAUGCUCCAGAAACCAUGAUCGAAGAAGAAUGAUUCAUCAGAAACCCUGAGAAGAAUGUUCGUCACAAACCCUAACUUCUUUAUCGAUCUUGUACGCAGGCGAUCGCCAGCAGCUGCAGCAGGCUGCAGCAUCUGAAUCUGGGGUGGUGCGAGGGCGUCGGCGACGACGGGGUGAUCAGCCUGGCCUCGGGGUGCCCGGAUCUCCGUGCCGUUGACCUUUGCGGAUGCGUCCUCAUAACUGGUACCCACCCAUUCUGGUCCUUUUUUCUCUGUCACCGGAUUCACGGUGGCGAGCGGCGGCACUGAGGGUGGUGGCCGUGGCGGUGCAGAUGCGAGCGUGGUGGCGCUGGCGGAGGGGUGCUGGCGGCUGAGGUCGCUGGGGCUCUACUUCUGCCAGAACAUCACCGACAGGGCGAUGUACUCGCUGGCGAAGGUUGGCCGGAGGAAGCGGGAGCUCGAGGAGGAGGAAGAGGAGGAAAAGGGGAAGGGGAAGGAGAAGGGGAAGGAGAAGGAAGGGCUGGAGAGGCUGAACAUCAGCCAGUGCACGGCGCUGACGCCGGCGGCGGUGCAGGAGGUGUGCGAUUCCUUCCCUGGGCUCCACACCUGUUCAGGGAGGCACUCGCUGAUCAUCAGCGGCUGCCUCAGACUCACCUCCGUACACUGCGCCUGCGCUGUCCAAGCGCGCCACCGCUCCCGCGGCGGGGUGGCAUUCUCCCGGCGGGCCUACUAA